UAGUGAUUUCAAGGCCAGCCUGAACUACUUAAGAACCUAUCUCAAAACAAAGAAAGAAAGGAAGGAAGCAAUCAAGCAAGCAGGUAGGCAAGCAGGCAGAUGCAACUCAGUGUGAGGGCCUUGGGUUCAAUCCCCAGCACCAGGAAAAAAAUAAAAAGAGAAAGAGAGCCCCUUUCUGAACUUGCUCAUCAUCUGCCAACCUCCUGGCUAUACCUGAAGAGGUUUAAAACAAUACAGCAUCUUGGCAUCCUAGGAACUGAUAUAAGUGGCAUGAGUGGGACAUGAGCAUUUCUAAGUGCUCCCAGCUGACUGUAACAAGCAGGGCUGAUGACCUGCAGCUCUCAGAGGGCAAGGCUCACUUCUCUUGUCCUAUGGCCGGUCAAAUGCCUAUCAUCCCUGGCCACAGUAGGAUCACACAUCUAGCUUAGAGGAGUCAAUGGUGGCCCCCAGGUUUCAAGCACCAGACACACACUCCAUUCCCCUUCCUAGUUCCCCACAGCACCAGUGUGUAGGAACCAACCACACAGCAGCUGAGGCCUGAGAGGCAGGAAGCACCAGCCUCAAUAGUGAUAAACACUUUUACCCAGAAACUCGGUCCAGGAGGUACCAGCCAGAGCUGCUGUUAAUCAUUCACCCACAUCACAGGAAGUGAUGCCUUUGUGGCAGUACCAGCCCUGGGGCUUCCCAGGUUCUGGGCAGGUUCUCUCAGUGGAUAGAUCAUCUAGACUGAGAGCCAAGCCCCAGCUCAGAGGUGAGGUGGAUGGGCUGCCUGGCGUACAGCCCUUAGAUCCAAUCUUUCUAUUCCACACCAAGUUUUAUUUCUCUCGGGGAAAACUCUUAACAUGCGCCCCAAGUGCCCCCACACUGACAUCACAGAAGGGCAGAACGAAGCUGAAGGGUGUUGCCAGGUACCUACCCUACUCCACCUUUGUUUUCUCUGGGGGCAGCACUGAAGGCCUGGUCAGGGCUACUUGGCAAUCCCAAUAACUCUUCCUCCUAACACUUUUACCCAGGGUGCAUCUCUGGUCACCUGGCAGCCCCUUCAGCCUGGUUCUCCCAAGCACAGGGGCUGAAGGACAGCUCUGAUUUGCACUCACAGGACACAGGACUGCCAGCAGCACAAUCAGGUUUACAUGGACCAAACGUUACUCCAGAAGGACAUCUGGCAUGAUGAGCUCUGGGAGAACCCCUGGGAUCUGGCUGGUGUGAUAGUGAUCGGCUUAUUCAUUGCCACAGUCCUGUUUUUCAUCUUAUUUGCUAUUACAUUUGGGUUGCUCUUUCCGGUGGACAGUACCGAGGGUGACCAGCAGUGAUCUGACUUCCUGAGGGAUGAGGAGGCUGCAGGCGAGGGGGGCUGACCAGCUCACCCUGUACUGGCAGUGGGCUCUGUCACAGUCCCCUGUGGCUCAAGGGUCAAGCGCUGGUGUCUUUUUUUCUCACCAGAAAACAGUAUGGUCAGAUACUUGACCUGGCUUAGGGCUGGUCAGAUGGCAAGAUGGGGUGGUGGGUCUGAUACAGAUCCUGGAACUCCACACCAUGUGCCACCUGAACCCUGCAGGCAGGUGGGAAAGGGCCUUGCCUCUGCCUCAGGCUAACAAGGUCCUCUCCUGGGUUCCCAACCCCACCAGCAACUUUUUAAGUUCUUCACAGAGGAGGACAUAAAA